UUUUGGCUCCAACUAAAACUCUACUCCCCUGUUUCUCUCUCUAUUUCCUUACUGUACUCUGCAAAACUCUUCAAAACUUUUCUCUGUACUUUCUUUUUCUGGACACUCACUCCAUUUCAAGAAUCAAACACAAAUCAAAAUUUCAUAGCAUCAUUAUUUUUCCUUUUCUCUUCCUCUUUUUAGUCUAUAAAUUGAUUUCCCUUUGUUAAAAGCUUAAAGGGUCUGUUAAAUCUUUAAAUUUUCACAGUGUUUUUUUUUUCAUUCCUUGAUUUCUAUUAGUCUUCUCCUUCACGGCUCUUUACCUUUUUUUUCUCUUUUAAUUGGGUCUUUUUUUGAUGCUUUAGUGAGGGAAAAAAAUGAUUGACCAAAGUAUCCUAUGUCCGAUGAAAUACACGGAGCACAAAAAACUUACCAAGAAAUACAUAAAACCUUCAAUAAAACCCAGAAAACCCUCCGCUCAAGAAACGACGUGUCGGUUAGAGCAUACGACACCGCGAGUUGUACGGAUAUCAAUGACGGACCCGGACGCCACCGACUCCUCCAGCGACGAAGAAGGCGGCGAGUUAUUAUUUGGCCGGCAAAGAGUGAAGCGGUAUGUUAAUGAGAUUAGAAUAGAACCAGCUUCUAAAGAAAUAAAUAUUUCUUCUAACAACGGAAGAAAAAGAGCUGCUGUAAACGAGUUACCAAUCAGUCACCGGCCGGAGAAACUCAGUAGUAAUAAUAACGGAAGAAAGUUCAGAGGCGUAAGGCAACGGCCGUGGGGUAAAUGGGCGGCGGAGAUUCGAGAUCCUGCGAAACGUGUGCGUCUCUGGUUGGGUACGUUUGAAACAGCUGAAGAAGCUGCUAUAGUGUACGAUAAUGCAGCCAUCAAACUCCGGGGAGCUGACGCUUUAACAAACUUCAUCACACCGCCGGGAAGAGAACAACAACCACAACAACAACAACCACCGGAGCAGCCGGAAAUUAAUGUCACUUCAUCGUCAGGAUAUGAGUCAGGCGACGAAUCACACAAUCUAUCAUCUCCGACAUCAGUUCUCAACUAUAGUUUAAACUAUAGUGUAAUGGAAUCAGAAUCUCAAACCCUUGAGAAAGAAUUUAAAAAGGAAACCAAACCGGUCUUGACGGUUAGACCGGUUCUUGAAGAAGAAACAAAUCUAACCGACGAGUCAUCAGCAGAAUAUCCAUUGCCCUUAGAUGUUCCUUGGCUAGACGAGGAGCCGUUCUUGGACGAGUUUUUCAAUUUUUCGAGCACUGGACCGUCGCUUUUCGACGACGGUUUGAUAUCAACGACAACGACCACCGUUUUACAAGAUAGUUUUAUAUCGAGUGAGGAUUUCAGUGACAUGUUUUUGGAUAUACCUCAAGAUUUUGGAUCGUUGUCCAUGUGCCAUGAAGCGGACGAUGAUGACUUGUUUCAUGACAUUGGUGACUUGUUUUUCUCUGAACCACUGGUGGCUCUUUGAAAUAUUGAGUGGCUGUUGCCGCCGUUUUGGUUGCCGGUUUGACGGCAAAUUUUGUACCGGCGGUAACAAGUGGAAGUUUUGCAGUGUUUAUUUAUUAUUAUUAUUAUAUUAUUUAUUUGUUUACAUAUCUCCGUUUGGAAAGAUGGACGGAGUUUGUUUUUGUUUAGAUUCUGUAUUUUGUUUUGGAGAAUAAUAAUCAGAAGUGGAAGAGUGUAUAAUUCUGAGUUA